GGUGCGGGGGACCGGGCGGCGGGCGCCAGCGGCCGGAGGACGCCCGGCUGCGGGAGGCGGCUCCGCAGCGCCCAGGCAAGCAAACCAAAAGCUGCUUCCCCUCUGCUGCUGCUCUCGUUUGGGAUUUGAUUUGCAUCAUCUCCGUGCCCAUUAAAAGAAAUAAAUAAAUUAAAAAAAAAAAAAAAAGAAGAGAGGAGGAAAAAAAAUUUAAAAAAAAAAAAAAAAGGGCAAACCAAACCCACACAAAACAUGUGCGGAAGGACUUCCACUCCCUGGCUGUGCUAUUGAGGAUCAGGAAGAGCCUUUGGGGCUGCAGGAUCUCGCCAGGGCUGAUGCUGCUGCUCAAGGAUUUGGUGCAGGGAGACAAAACUGCUGCCUCUUCCAUCCGCUGAUCUCAACAUCUGCAUUUUCCUGCUGCUGUGCUCCCUCUCACACCCUCUCUCCAUGGACUGAUUUUUUGAUUUUUUUCCCCUUUUUUUUGCGGGGUGGGGGGGGGGUGGGGAAGGGAAGGACGAGCAGCGAGCCAAGGCAUCGUCGUGCUGAGAGGAGCAAAAAAUUCCCUUUUCUGUCUCUCGUGUUCUGGUGGAUCUCUUUCGAGGUUAUUCAGCUUUUUGGACAAGGAAACAUGACGUCGCCAGCAAAAUUCAAAAAGGAUAAGGAGAUCAUAGCUGAAUACGACACUCAAGUGAAAGAGAUCCGUGCCCAGUUGGUAGAGCAGCUGAAAUGCCUUGACCAGCAGUGUGAGCUUCGGGUCCAGUUACUGCAGGACUUGCAGGAUUUCUUCCGCAAGAAGGCAGAGAUUGAGAUGGAUUACUCCAGGAAUUUGGAGAAGUUGGCUGAGAGAUUCCUGGCUAAAACUAGGAGCACCAAAGACCAGCAAUUCAAGAAGGACCAGAACGUGCUGUCCCCAGUGAACUGCUGGAACCUGCUGCUCAACCAGGUGAAGAGGGAGAGCAGGGACCACACCACGCUCAGUGACAUUUAUCUCAACAACAUCAUCCCGCGCUUCGUGCAGGUCAGCGAGGACUCAGGGCGCCUCUUCAAGAAGAGCAAGGAAGUGGGCCUGCAGCUCCAGGAGGACCUGAUGAAGGUUUUGAAUGAGCUCUACACGGUGAUGAAAACCUACCACAUGUACAACGCUGACAGCAUCAGCGCCCAGAGCAAGCUGAAGGAGGCCGAGAAGCAGGAGGAGAAGCAGAUCGGGAAGUCGGUGAAGCAGGAGGACAGACAGACACCGCGCUCCCCCGACUCCACCUCCAACGUCAAGUUCGAGGAGAAGCACGUGCGGAGGAGCUCCGUCAAAAAAAUCGAGAAGAUGAAGGAGAAGCGCCAAGCAAAGUACACAGAGAACAGACUGAAGGCAAUCAAGGCAAGGAAUGAAUAUCUGCUGGCGCUGGAAGCCACCAACGCCUCGGUGUUCAAGUACUACAUCCAUGACCUGUCUGAUCUCAUUGAUCAGUGCUGUGACCUGGGCUACCACGCCAGCCUGAACCGGGCGCUGAGGACGUUCCUGUCGGCAGAGCUGAACCUGGAGCAGUCCAAGCACGAGGGCCUGGACGCCAUCGAGAACGCCGUGGAGAACCUGGAUGCCAACAGCGACAAGCAGAGGCUGAUGGAGAUGUACAACAACGUUUUCUGCCCCCCCAUGAAGUUUGAGUUCCAGCCUCACAUGGGGGACAUGGAGUCCCAGCUGUGUGCCCAGCAGCCCGUGCAGAGUGAGCUGGUGCAGAGGUGCCAGCAGCUGCAGUCCCGCCUGUCCACGCUGAAGAUUGAAAAUGAAGAGGUGAAGAAGACCAUGGAGGCCACUCUGCAGACCAUCCAGGACAUUGUCACCAUCGAGGACUUUGAUGUCUCUGACUGCUUCCAGUACAGCAACUCCAUGGAGUCGGUGAAAUCCACGGUGUCAGAGACCUUCAUGAGCAAACCCAGCAUUGCCAAGAGAAGGGCAAACCAGCAGGAGACUGAGCAGUUCUACUUCACUAAAAUGAAGGAGUACCUGGAGGGCAGGAACCUCAUCACCAAGCUCCAGGCCAAGCACGACCUCCUGCAGAAGACCCUGGGAGAAAGUCAGCGGACAGACUGUGCCCUGGCCAGUGGCAGGCGCAGCUCCACCGUGAGGAAACAGGAUUCCUCCCAAGCCAUUCCCCUGGUGGUGGAGAGCUGCAUCCGCUUCAUCAGCAGGCACGGUCUGCAGCACGAGGGAAUUUUCAGAGUGUCUGGGUCCCAGGUUGAAGUGAACGACAUCAAAAACGCAUUUGAGAGAGGGGAAGAUCCCUUGGCUGGGGACCAGAAUGACCACGACAUGGAUUCCAUAGCAGGAGUCCUCAAGCUCUAUUUCAGAGGCCUGGAGCACCCCCUGUUCCCCAAGGACAUCUUCCAUGACCUCAUUGCCUGUGUCACCAUGGAUAAUUUGCAGGAGCGAGCGCUGCACGUGCGGAAGGUGCUGCUGAACCUGCCCAAGACCACCCUGAUUGUCAUGAGAUACCUCUUUGCAUUCCUCAAUCAUUUAUCCCAGUUCAGUGAAGAGAACAUGAUGGAUCCCUACAACCUGGCCAUCUGCUUCGGGCCCACGCUGAUGUCGGUGCCCGAGGGCCAUGACCAGGUGUCCUGCCAGGCUCACGUCAAUGAACUGAUCAAAACCAUCAUCAUCCAGCACGAGAACAUCUUCCCAGGGCCCCGGGAGCUGGAGGGCCCCGUCUACAGCAGAGGAGGGAACACAGAGGAUUACUGUGAAAGCCCCCACGGAGAGAGAGCGCUGACGGAGGAUUCAGUGCAGGAUGUCACAGCUGAGCACCACACCAGUGAUGAUGAGUGCGAGCCCAUCGAGGCCAUAGCCAAGUUUGACUACGCGGGCAGGACGGCGCGGGAGCUGUCCUUCAAGAAGGGAGCGUCGCUGCUGCUCUACCAGCGCGCCUCCGACGACUGGUGGGAGGGACGGCACAACGGCGUCGACGGCCUCAUCCCGCACCAGUACAUCGUGGUGCAGGACACCGAGGACGGGAUGUCGGAGAGGUCCAGCCCCAAGUCGGAGAUAGAAAUCAACUCGGAGCCCCCGGAGGAGAAGGUGACAGCCCGAGCCGGCGCCAGCUGCCCGAGCGGGGGCCACGUCGCAGACAUUUACCUGGCCAACAUCAACAAGCAAAGAAAGAAACCAGAGUCAGGCAGCAUCAGAAGAGCGUUCCGCCAAAGUGACGGCCACGGCCUAGGUAGUUCCCUGGCAGAGCCCGCCUCCCCCGGGGCCAUAGCCGGUUCCAGGCCCUCAUCUCAGCCCAUAAUGAGCCAAAGCCUUCCCAAGGAGGUUCCAGACAAAUGCUCCAUCAGUGGCCACGGCAGCCUCAACUCCAUCAGCCGGCACUCGUCGCUCAAGAGCAGGAUGGAGAGCCCGCAGGUGCGCAAGGCGCUCGCCGCCGGCCGCUCCAAGAGCUUCAACAACCACCGGCCCAUGGACCCCGAGGUCAUCGCCCAGGACAUCGAGGCCACCAUGAACUCGGCCCUGAACGAGCUGCGGGAGCUGGAGAGGCAGAGCAGCGUCAAGCACGCGCCCGACGUGGUGCUGGACACGCUGGAGCCGCUGAAAACCUCGCCGGUGGUGGCGCCGACCUCGGAGCCGUCCAGCCCGCUGCACGCCCAGCUCCUCAAGGACAGCGAGCCGCCCUUCCAGCGCAGCGCCAGCACCGCCGGCGACAUCCCCUGCACCUUCAGGCCCGUCAAGUCCGUCAAGGCGGCCGCGCAGGUGAAGCCGCCGGCCACGCGGCCCAAGCCGGCCGUGUUCCCCAAAACCAGCGCCAGCACCCCCGGCGUGGCCCCCUCGGCAGCCCAGCAGCCCCCCGACAAGUCCUGUACUGUGUGAUGCCCCCCUGGCUGCCCUCUGGUGCAGGCCUGCUGUCCCGCACGGCAAAGACGUUGGAAUUGGUAUUGAAGGAAUGCUUGGGUUGGAAGGGAGAUGCUGGGAGCUCCUGGGCGGCCACGGCCUCGUCCCACGUGCCCAGGACAGCUCCUGCCACGCUUGGGAAAUCCACAAUCCUCAAUCCACUGUGAAGCUGAGCAGGAAAACACCAAGGGAUGAGCUGGAUUUUGGUUUCCACGCCUCGUUCAAGUGUUCGGCCGCUGGAAGGAACAUUUGGUGGUGUCCUGUUUUGGGAUGCUGGUGUAGUGACUUCUGUAUUCUGUGUUUCAUUUACCACAGGGAAACAAUAGGAUAGAUUUUAGUCUAUUGCAUGUUUUGGUGCCACUGGUUACGUGGAGCUUGGACAUGCCUGUUUCUUGUGCAUUAUUAUUAUUAUAAUUAUUAUUAUUAUAAUUAUUAUUAUUAUUAUUAUUAUUCCGUCGCCCGCUGGUGCCACGGUGGUUAAGGGUCUGUCUCGACUUCCAUCACAUCCUCUGGUUUUGUUUGUUUGCUCCCCAUUCCUCCCCCUCAGGGCCAAAAGCCUCUGGCCAUUCCAGCCUCAUGCUUUAUUUGUCAUGGAAAAAUCAGUUUACUCUGGAACACUCUUGGAUUUUGUGGAGUUCUACGUGAGACGUGUCCGUGCAAAUACAAACAAACAUGUUUUCCUGAGCUCUGGGAGCACAAGAAAGAGCCCAGUCAUUGCUCAUGGACAAUCCUCACUGGUUUCCCCCUUGGCUCUCCCAUAUUUAAAAGCAGCUUUAUUGUUUCCAGUGGCAUUUUCAGCCCGUGGUGUUUGCUCUCGGGAGACUGAAUGUAAAACAAAAAACGAGAUAAUUCUGAAAUGGAGCAUCCUCUGCCCAAGACACGCCCUGCUGGUUUUGCUGUUGCUCAGGACAGAUCCUGACCCCCAUCCCAGCGCCAAGCACUGUAAAAGCCUCGCUCAGGAGUCGCCAGCUCCCUGCCCGUCCCUCUCUGCUCUCAUAGAGCAGAGCAGGGGACGCUGUGGGGACAGGGCUGUGACAGCAGCGGCUGCCCCGCGCCCCUGCCCCGCGCAGGGCUCACCUGGGAAUGAAUCCUUUGCUGUUAUUUGUAUUUAUCCACAGCCAGCAGCACCCACGGACUCUUUUUGUACUCCCUCCCUCCCCUGGGAAUUCUCCACGGAUAUUUAAUUUAAUCGUUCAAAGGCUUGUGCCACUUAGCAGUGGGGAUUGGCUGACCCUGAGCUCGCCUCGUUGCUCGGCUUUUCUGGGAUUUCAAACGAGCUGCACAAUCUCUAGGCUUCCGUCAAAUCAUGGAUUCAGGACAAGAUGAGAGAAAAGUCAUUUUUCUCACCCAUUUAAGCUGAGUUUCCUUGCAGUUUGUGAGUUCCUGGUGACUGCAAAGUCUGUUUAAUUGGCACUUAAACAAGAAGCAGCAAAGGAGAGUUGCUGAAAUGUCCUUUUCUGAUGCAUUUGGGAUACUUGGAAAAAUGGAGCAGGGUCUUCCUGCAUCCCUGUCCGUCCCCACACGCACAACCCCCUUUUCUACAGAAGCAAUCAACCCAUAAUUAAUGACUUUCCACAAAUCCAGCUUCCUCUGGGCCCUGAACUGGGGACACGCAGGGACUGGGGAGGUUUUGGUGAUUCCCCGUUUCCCAUUUUGGUGAUUUCGUUUCCCAUUUCUCCUGAGCUGUCCUGGGGGAGCCCCUCGGUACGAGUGUGACUGUCCCUGCCCCUCCAGGAGAUGCCACCAGUGCCACCUUCGCUCUCAGGUUCUGAUGGACUUCUACCACCAAGGAAUCACUUGUUCUUUUGGGGAAAAAAUAGAAAUAAUUAGAAUAAUUAAACUUGUAAUUUUUUGCUCAGGCAGAACUUUCUGGCAUUUGCUUUUUAGUAAGAAUUUUUGGUUUUUUUCUUUCUUUUUUUUUUUAUUUUGGUCUCAAACGACCAAAGCUAAUCUGUGUCAAGAGCAGGAUCUCUGUAAAUUGACUUUGCCUCAUUUUAAUGCCUUAUUUUCUUUUUUAUAUUUUUAUGCCUAGCAUUCAAUAUUCCUAAGAAUAAGUGUUCAGCCACGCACACAGCACAUUGGAGGAGCUGCUCUUUUCCAGCUUCAUGGUCUGAAGUGUGGAAUUAGAUGGGAAAAAAAAUAAAUAUUAAAAAAAAAAAAAAAAAAGACUUCAGGUUACUGUAACAGCAACUGUCUGUAUCUGAAUUUCUGAAUUAUUACUGUGCUUCUCUAGCAUCCACAGCUCUGGGACAAUCCUGCUGCCAAGGAUCACCUGGAUAUGGAGCAACUCAACUGGAAUUCUGGUGUGCACUGUGAUUGACACAAGCAAUAGGACGGGCUGAAGCUCCUCCUUCCUCUUCCUCGGGCGGAAAAAUCACACGUGGGAGGGGAUGAGGCGAGAAAAUCGCACACAAAAUUAUGGAAAAAAAGGAGAUUUUCAGCUCGUCCUCCCCACUCUGAGCACACAAGGCUGAGAGGAUGUUUGCCACAAGUGUUUUAUGAGCAGAAAUCAUGGAAAUUUUGGGGAAAAAAGGAGAUUUUCGGCUUGUCCUCCUCCCUCUGAGCACACAAGGCUGAGAGGACGAUUGCCACGAGUGUUUUAUGAGCAGUGGCUGCUGGAAAGGUGGGAAGGAGGAACUGGAAAUGUUCCCUCCCUGAGGACAGGUCUGACUCAGUGGUUUGCUUGGGGAGGUGCCAAUGUCACUCCACAUCUUCACAUCCCGAAGAAAUUUUAGCUCUUCCAAGGAAAUUCCUCUUUUUUUCAUGACUUUUUUCCUGUAUAACGUUUGUGUGGAAUAUGAAGACAAAAGAAGUGUUUGAUAACUGGAAUGACGUCUGUCUGUUGGAUAGUGCUUUGUAUGAACCUUGUGCAUCAGGUGUUGGAUUGAAAUAAUCCAAAGCAAAACAAAAAAAACAAAAAAAAAAACCUUAAAAAAACUAAUAACUUUUAAAAUGAAACACGGUUUUAGGUGAUCAAUCUGAAUGGUUUCUGAAGCUCAGACCUUUUUCUGGGUUAUUUCCCUAGUUGGGAAUGGAGCAGUGUGCUUUAACCAUUGCUUAAUUUCUGCCUCUCUGAGGUCGUCCAAAGUUUAUGAAAUGUAAAUUUGUCCUUCAUGUCCGAGCAGUGGGACACGAUCAAAACCCUCUCAUUUUAUCCGUGCUGGGUAUUUUAUUGCAACAAAAAUGAGUAAAUAAUUAGAGUGCACUGUGACAGCAGAACAAAAAACAAAAAAAAAAAAAGUUGUUGUAUAUGUCUGUAUUUUGAUACCUGUUCAAAAGGAGUCUUUGGGUUUCCUGUGCUGAAUACCUCAUGUGUUGGGUUUUGGGAGUUUUUGUUGAUUUUUUUUUUUUUAAAUUUUUAGUUUUGUUUUCUUUCUUUUUUAAGGCAAGAUUGUUCUUGCACAAAAGUAGGUUAAGAUAACCGAGUUCUCAUAAAUUUAUUUACUGAAUCAAAACACUUCAGCUUGGCAAGAAAUCCCAUCUGUUGUAAUUCCCCACCUUGCACUUGGUACGGGGCCGACCCCACACCUGGAAGAGCUCCAGCAAUGCUGGGGCAGGAGAAGUUCACUGCAGGUGGAGUUUGCUGCCUUAUUUCUCCUCUUCUCUGUGUCAAAAACCUCAAACUCGGCGGAGCAAGGCGUAGGUUUGGGGAUUUACGGAGCUUUUGGGAGAUGUUCUCCUGCAAAAAUCGACAUUUCUGGUUCUCAGCGCUUCAGAUCCUUCCUGGGGUGUGGGAUCUGUGUGGAGGGGACGCUUGCAGGAGGUGAUCAGUCAGGAAGGAUGGAGAAAUGCCCCAAAAACCCCUUUUGAGACAGUUGGGUGGGUUCCAUGAGCUCACCCCUUUGUCCAUGAGCACAGGAGGGAGGGGAAGGCGGUGCCCCUGUCCCCCCAGGUGAGGGGCACCUGGACCCAGCCCUGGCUGUGCAGGGAUGUGCCCCAAAGUGCAAACACACUGAACACCCCUGGGCAGGGAGCUGCUCCAAAAACUGCCCCAAAACCCACAGGAAAGCAGCAGCACUGGGGCGUUUCCAUUGCUUAUGGGCCUGAACAGAGCAGGACAUUGAGCUUAGCAAGCUGGGGAUUUAUUUAUUAUGAGAUUUUUAGCUUUCACAAUAAAACCCAGCCCUUUUUUGGGUUUGUCUGGCCUUGGCUAAUGCCCUACCAAUGCAGCUGGGGACACAGAGCUGUUCCUUUAUGGGCUGGUGGCACAGGAGGUGUGGAAAGGAGGGAACGUCCAGCGCCAGCUCUGGGCAAUCACCGAGCACUUCAUGGACUGAACUUUGGGGUGUGAGCUCCUUCCACACCGGCUCCCUGCCUGUCUCUGUGUCCGUGUGACAACCUGGUACUUGAAAAUAAGAAAUAAAACCAGAAAUACUUGACCCUGUGCCUGCGGGGCCGGCAUGGCCCCGGCUGCGGCGCGCACAAGCGGUCCCGCCGACCGCCCACCACAGAGGCAGAUGAAUUCUUUUCCAGGCUGUUCUAGCAGCAAACCAUCUCUUUGGGUGGCUCUGGAGAUGCCAAAACAGCAGCCCAAAGCCUGGAAAAUGCAAAGGGGUUUGUUGGUUUGGGUUUUGUUUUCAUUUCUUGUUAAAUUCUGUGCUUCCUCUAACGUGGUUUGGGAUGAAAGCGUUUCUCAAGGACGGGCCGAAAGGAGGGGAAGGUGCAGAGGGAGGGCAGCUCCCUGCCGUGCUAAUACUUGACCUGCCAAGCUCACACAGGGUAAACACUCAGCAGUUUGCAGUGGGAACCGAAGGCGGGCCUGUCCUUUUUGUAACCUUACUCCUGACAUGGAUUCACCAGCCUUUCCUCCAGGCACAGCUUCAGGUGCGAGCAACCACCCGAGCCUGGCUUGGACUCUGAGUGUGCCAAACUGCUGGAGCAAUACUUGUGAGCAGCAGCAGCAGCAGCUCCUCUGACAGCCCAGCUCCAUGUAGCUCAAACAGGGCAAUUGCUGAAAUCCAUCUCUGGUUUCCUGCCGUAAAAGCAGGAAAAUCGGGUUGCAAAGUGUAGGAGUUUGUGUUUUUUCUGUCUGAACCCGGGGUUGUCAGCAGCAGUUGUUUUCAUGGUGGGAUGGAAUGUUCUUGCUAAAACAAGUUUCCACUGUUUCAUGUCUUCUACACCAAUAUAUAUAUGGUGUAUAUAUUAAACUGUGUAAAAUUGUACUUUGUACAUAGAACUCUGUACAAUAUGGAGGUACAGCCUUUUUUUUGAUUUUUUUUUUGUUUUUUUUCCCCCCUUCCCUUUUGGUACAGUCUUGUACAGUAUUAGGAGUCGAUGUGUUGGAAGUGUUAAAUCCAUACUGGGGCAACAAAAUGUAUCCAUUGUCAUUAGCAAUAGUUUUGGAGAAGAAAUAAAUGUUUUGG